AAAUCACUACAUCAUUAUCCUCACUAAACUAAUGCCAAUUCGGCUACAAGACGACCUUGAAGGUCAAAUAGCAUCUCCGCGUCUCAGUGACGACUCCAAAAGCAUAUUCACCAAGCUUCUUAACGCCAUCCGCAUCUACAAUGUACCUCUUAUAAACUUUGUCAUUAUGAGUGUGCUAGGAUUCUUCCUCCUCAAACUAACUACAAAAUAUACUGCCUUAUACAUGAAAAACUCGUUGAUUACAAUCAUCGUGACGAACCUCGUGUUGUUUGGAAUCUCAGAAACACUUGCCCAGUCGAUAUUGGGCUACCGACCUGCUGAGCCGUUGAUUUCUUUCAAGGUUGACUAUGCACAUAAUCAUAUGCUCUCGUUCAACUCGAAUGAUAUACUGGCCGGAACCAUUUUUGAGCCUUAUACCGACGAAGAUGAUAAUCUCAGCUCAAGUGCCAUCACUGAAGAUCAGGAAGUGGAGCGGUUCAUAGAUUAUGUCCAACAGGACAACGAAUCUGUCAUUAGCACCGGAGACGAUGGAUUUUCGAUGCGACCAUAUUAUCCAGACAUGAAUACGAAUGGGAAUAGGCCGACAUCGAUGGAACAAUUGACGUACUACCUGUUCAAUCGCCUUGCUGGAUUUAUGGUUUGGGGGUUUGUGAUGGCGUUUGCCCAGUGUUGGUGGUACAAAUUUCUACAAAUCUAUGCUAAAGAUCCAAAGUUCAUCGAGGUGUUGAGAAAAGUCCUUACCGACCAGUUCUGCUAUUCGCCGAUCUCGUUGUUUUGUUUCUUCACAUAUGGAACCAUGGUUUUAGAGAGUGGGACCUGGGAAGGCACCAAGGAGAAAUUGAGCAAAAUAUACUUAAAGACACUUAUGAUUAACUAUUCUGUCUGGUUCCCCGUGCAAUUUGUGAACUUCUUGAUAGUACCUCGAAACUUCCAGGUACCGUUCAGUUCUUCGAUCUCGGUGCUUUGGAACUGCUUUUUAUCCAUGAGAAACUCGGCUAAUUCCACCUAGUUUUGUUAUUUAUAUGUACAUGCCUGAAGUAGAGUAGCUGUUGAAUUUUCUGACCGACAAACUCACCCUCUUUAUGAACGCAUCCCUUUCGAGCCCUAUAAGUUCUGCCACCACAUGGCUAGCAUCGAUAAUCGAGUCGGGGUCGAUUUUCUCGUAUCCUGGUUGUCCUUCGGCAUUGAGAAUUAGUGAAACAAGUCUAACACCUUCAGUCAAAGCCAAAGUCGACGUCACAGAAGCACCAAUACCAGUGAUGAAAUGUGGAGGCUGGACUGUGGGAAUCGAAUUUACCAACUCACUUUCCGAGCCUAUACUGAAUUUAUUCAAAGUCUGGUUGUUAUUCAAUUGGCAUGGUGCUAAGGUUAUCCAAUUGGUGAUUUUGGAACUGAAAAACUCCACCAAUUUGUCCGACAAUGCGUUAAUCGCAACGGCAUUGGUCUGAUGUGGUACUACUACAGUCAACAGGUUCUGGUGCACCAAAAUAGGGAUGGUAAAUUCGGUGAACUUAUCCUUCAAAGACUUCUCCAUAAUGGCAGAGUAGAGCUGCUCAUCUUCAUCAUACUCAUCUUCCACCGAAUCACUCACGAUCUUUGGAAUCUCGGGGUACUUAAUGAAAAUCUCUCCACAUUUGGUGCCGCCAAUGGUUUCAGUAAUUACCUUGACGGUUUGUGGACAUAUAAUUAAAGUGGUGGCACUAGUUCCCGCAUACUCGAUGGACAAGUGAGGAAUCAAAUUAGGAGUCUCGUUGUCGGCUUCAUCCUCUAAAAAGUGGCGAGGCGUCUGUGUAUCUGUCCAUGGUUUGAU